UAUGAAGUGGAACCCUUGGUUUUCAUUCUUUUCUUCUCCUCUCGUUUUCUCUCGGUCUUAAACCCUAAAAAAUCCCCAAAUUUUCUUCAAGAAGGAUUAUCAGGAAAUCAGUUCUUGCUCAUCUCCAAAUCAAUGGCGAGCGUACCUGUGAAUCCGAAACCUUUCUUAAACAAUCUUACUGGAAAGACGGUCAUGGUCAAGCUCAAAUGGGGAAUGGAGUACAAGGGUUUUCUUGUUUCAGUAGAUUCAUACAUGAACUUACAGCUUGCCAAUACUGAAGAAUACAUUGAUGGACAGUUUACUGGAAAUCUUGGGGAGAUUCUCAUAAGGUGCAAUAAUGUUUUGUAUCUCCGUGGUGUGGCGGAGGAUGAGGAAAUUGAAGAUGCUGAUAAAGAUUGAAUGGGAAUGCUGAAGGUGGUUUCUCUGUAGCUGCACAACCAGUAGCUGGGGAAGCAUCAGCCUACUCUUCUUCUUUUUGUUACUAGCUCAUGCAUGCUCGCUAUUAUUAUUGAUGACUAUGAAAAUUGAACUCCUUUUAUCUUAAGAUACUUGAAAAUCUAGACUAGUGAAAGAAGAUGAAAUAUCUAUUGUCUGGAACAUAUAAGAGCAAUCUAAAAUCUCAAUUCUUUUUUGUUCCUA